ACGAUAUACACAUACGCGCACUCAUCAUUUCCACAUACCACAAUUUUUGGGCUCAUCCCAUUCGAUUUUGAUUCGAUUCAUUUAAUUUUGUUCAUGUUUCGAUUGUAUUAAAGAUAACUCUUAAAAAUCUUGUUUUUUUUUUCGUCAUUCAUAAAUUAUCUGUAAUUUUCAAUCCAGAUUACCUCUCCAAUUCAUCUCUUAUUCCCACACACUUGGAUACAGCUACGAAUUGCAUUAAUCAAAUGUAAACGAUCGUUGAUUGUUCAUCAUUACAAUCAUUAAAUUGAAAUGAAUCUUUGAAUGAUUGUGUGUUUCUUUAUUUCCAUUCAAAUUAUUUAAUGGUACUCUCACGACCAUAAUAUUCAAGAUCAUCCUCAUACGAAUAAUCAACAUAUUUGAUCCAUGUUUAUGUAAUAUGAGUUUUUUUUCUUCUUCAACACACUUUUGUUGUUGUUGAUUGUUACGUUCGAACAUCCAUUAUAGAUUGAUAUCGAUCAAGAUAUGGGUAAAACUGGUGAAGUAACCGUUAUUGCUAAAUUUGAUUAUAAAGCACAAGGAAGUCAAGAAUUGGAUUUGAAGAAAAAUGAACGUCUCGUCUUGUUGGACGAUAGUAAAAGCUGGUGGAAAGUGUUGAAUUCAAAAAAUCAAUCCGGAUUUGUACCAUCAAAUUAUGUGAAACGAGAAAAAACAUCCAUUUUUGAUAGUAUAAAAAAUCGUGUAAAGAAAAAAGAUUAUAAAAAUUCACCGGUUUCAUCACCAUGUUCGAAUAAAGCGUUUAUUAAUAUUGACAUUAAUAAUACAAUACCGACAACGCCAACAAAUUCACAUCGAAAUAAUAAUAUUGGUGAUGCUACAACAUCACCACCGCCGCCGCCAAUCACAUCAUCCGAUUCACAUUCACCAUUAAUGAUAAAUGAAAUAUUGAAAAUUGUUACAGCAAAAUAUAAUUACGAGGCACAACAAACGGAUGAAUUGACUCUAGUCAAAGGCGAUAAGAUAUCGGUGCUGGAAAAAUCAUCAGAUGGUUGGUGGCGUGGCCGUACACCAAAUGGUGAAACCGGAUGGUUUCCAUCAAAUUACGUCCAAGAACAAGAUGAUGUUCUGAAUAAUAAAACUACAAAUAAUAAUCCAGCAGAUCCAAAUGGACAAAAUUUAUAUCAAAAUGAUGAACUACAAAAUAUCGUUUCAUUAAGCCAGAAUGGAUCGCAGAAAAAUUAUUUUACAUUAGAUUGGGUCAUUGCAUUGUAUCCAUUUCAAUCACAGAAUAAUGAAGAGUUAAGUUUUCAAAAGAAUGAAAAAUUAGAAAUUGUCGAACGACCUGAAAAUGAUCCUGAUUGGUGGAAAGCACGUAAUGAUAAAGGUGAAAUUGGUUUGGUUCCUAAAAACUAUGUGAAAAUCAUCAAAGACAAUCAAUUGAUUGAUUCAUUGAAUAAUGAUUUUAAUCGUUUGGCUGUGGAACCGAAUUUUAAUGGAUCAUUAAAUAAUCCGAAUCAAAAUGAUCUUAGUCAUCAAAUCUGGUACUAUGGUAGCAUUUCACGUGGUGAUUGUGACAAAUUAUUAAAUGAAUAUGGCCAAGAUGGUGAUUUUCUCAUACGUGACAGUGAAACGAAUAUUGGCGAUUAUUCUGUUUCAUUAAAAGCACCACAACGUAAUAAACAUUUUCGUGUACAUUUUAGCGAUGGUAUCUAUCAUAUUGGUCAAAGAAGGUUCAAUUCAUUGGAACAUCUAAUCGAACAUUAUAAAAAGGCACCAAUCUAUACUAGUUCUGAUGGUGAUAAAUUAUAUCUAAUCAAACCAUUUUUCAAAAGAUAAUCUCAACAACAGAAACAAAAAAUUUUUUGGAUCUUUUUUCUACCGGACAAACACACACACACACACACACACACACAAAGAGAAAAUGAAAUGAAAUUCGGGCUGCUAUUUAAUUUAAUAUAAUGACAUACAAUCGUACUUCAUCUUCGAUUCCAUUCUUUUCGUUGUACAUAAUUUUGUCUAGUUUUCUUUCUUUAUUCUUCUUCUCAAUACUUACAACACAAACACUUGAAUUUUUUUUUAUUAUCCAUAUUUUUAAAAUCGCCGGCAGUUUCUCUUAAUACUC